GAAAUAUAUAAAAAUAAAAUCUCUAAGAAACACAUUACAGUAACAGAAGAAGUAGAAAGAAUGGAAAAGUGAGUAAUAAGAAACAUUCUCUAGCCAUGUUUAAUGUCUAAGAAACUUCCAAUGAGUCCAAAAGCUUCCCCUUCAUUUGCUGCUGAUUAACAGCUGAGCUGUUGCAUUUGCAGAAUCCAAGACCUCACGAGCUCUCCAUAAUUAAUCUAAUCAUCAUUUCUUUAUUACUUAUAUACCUACUCUUCCUGCUUUCGCCAUUCUUUUCUGUCGCUUGCUCUCUCUCUCUCUCGCUGUCUCUUUCCACUGAGAAAAACAAUGGCAGAUUACUGAGGGACUGAACUCAAUACCCAAUGAGGAAGAAGAACAUGAAGUUGAAAAUCUUGAUUUUCUUCUUCUGUUGUUGCGUUGGUUUUCAUUCUUUUGUUUCUGCUGCUUCGAAUGAAGAAGUAUCAGCUCUGCUAUCCAUUAAAGCUGGUCUUUUAGAUCCCCUGAAUAAGCUUCAAGAUUGGAAAUUGUCCAACAAUACAACAGCUCACUGUAACUGGACUGGAGUGUGGUGCAAUUCCCAUGGAGCUGUUGAAAAGCUUGAUCUCUCCCACAUGAAUCUCAGUGGUCGUGUAUCAGAUGAUAUUGGAAAGCUACAGAGUCUUACUUCUCUCAACUUGUGCUGCAAUGGGUUGUCUUCUUCAUUGACAAAAGCUUUAUCAAAUCUCACUUUGCUGAUAAGCAUUGAUGUGAGCCAGAACCUUUUUGUUGGUAGCUUUCCUUUUGGUCUUGGAAGAGCAGCUGGUUUAACUUUGCUAAAUGCUUCAAGCAAUGACUUCUCAGGAUUUAUUCCGGAGGAUAUUGGCAAUGCCACUUUGCUGCAGAAGCUUGAUCUCAGAGGGAAUUUUUUAGAAGGCUUCGUUCCGAAAUCUUUCAAGAACUUGCAAAAGUUGAAGUUUCUUGGACUUUCUGGGAAUAAUCUCACCGGUGAAAUACCGCCGGAGCUGGGGCAGCUUUCAUCAUUGGAGAGAAUGAUAAUUGGAUACAAUGAGUUCGAAGGUGGGAUUCCAGCAGAGUUUGGAAACCUCACCAAUCUGAAGUAUCUUGAUUUGGCUGUUGGCAAUCUUGGUGGUGAGGUUCCAGCUGAACUGGGGAGGCUUAGGGAUCUUGAGACAGUGUUCUUGUAUCAGAACGAGUUUGAAGGCGAGAUUCCUGCUGCGAUUGGCAACAUGACUUCUCUGCAGCUGCUGGAUCUCUCUGAUAAUAUGUUAUCAGGAGAAAUUCCAGCGGCAAUUACUGAGUUGAAAAAUUUAAAGCUAUUGAAUCUGAUGUGCAACCAGUUAUCAGGUGCAGUUCCUGCUAGACUUGGAGGGCUUACUCAAUUACAGAUUCUUGAGCUGUGGAACAAUUCACUAGCAGGGCCCUUGCCUAUUGAUCUGGGCAAGAAUUCAGCAUUACAGUGGUUGGAUGUAUCAUCAAAUUCAUUCUCUGGUGAGAUUCCAGCAGGCUUGUGCACUGUUGGCAAUCUCACCAAGCUCAUUCUCUUCAACAAUGCCUUCUCAGGUCCAAUCCCUCCCAGCUUGUCCACAUGUCCUUCGCUGGUUCGUGUUCGUGUGCAGAACAAUUUUCUUUCUGGGACAAUUCCAGUAGGACUUGGGAAACUUGAGAAGCUUCAAAGAUUAGAGUUGGCAAACAAUAGCCUUACUGGUCAAAUCCCUAGUGACCUUGCUUCAUCUUUUUCGCUUUCUUUCAUUGAUCUCUCUAGAAACCACCUUAGAUCUUCUCUUCCUUCCACAAUUCUAGCGAUUCCAAAACUUCAGAACUUUGUGGCCUCAAAUAACAACUUAGAUGGUGAAAUCCCAGAUCAAUUCCAGGACUGUCCUUCACUUUCUGUGCUUGAUCUCUCAUCAAACCAUUUCUCUGGAAGCAUUCCAGCUAGCAUUUCUUCAUGUCAGAAAUUGGUAAAUUUGAAUCUUAAGAACAAUCAUUUGACUGGAGAAAUCCCAAAAGCAAUUGCAAUAAUGCCCACAUUGGCAAUUCUUGAUCUGUCUAAUAACUCUUUAACUGGCCGAAUACCCGAAAGUUUCGGUACCUCACCUGCCUUAGAAGUGCUAAAUGUUUCAUACAACAACCUAGAAGGUCCAAUCCCUGCAAAUGGUGUUUUGAAAACAAUCAAUCCAAAUGAUUUUAUUGGCAAUGCAGGUCUUUGUGGCGGUGUUCUUACUCCCUGCAGCCACAAUUUACUUGCUGAAACAAAGCAGAAGAGCUUGCACACAAAGCGCAUUGUUUCUAGGUGGAUAAUUGGAAUUUCAUCAGUUUUAGCAGUUAUAAUUGCGCUUAUUGGCGCAAGAUCUCUCUACAAGAGAUGGUAUUCAAAUGGAAGUUGCUUUGAAGAAAGUUUCAAAACGGGCAAUGGAGAAUGGCCUUGGAGAUUGAUCGCAUUCCAGAGGCUUGGUUUCACUAGUUCAGACAUUCUAGCUUGUGUGAAGGAAUCAAAUGUGAUUGGAAUGGGAGCAACUGGGACUGUUUACAAGGCAGAGAUGCCUUGGUUAAACACAGUUGUGGCAGUUAAGAAGUUAUGGAGAUCAGCAACAGACAUUGAAACAGGAAGCAGUGAUGAUUUUGUUGGAGAAGUCAAUCUCCUGGGGAAGCUAAGGCAUCGAAAUAUCGUUCGAUUACUAGGCUUUCUUUAUAAUGAUACUGACAUGAUGAUAGCAUAUGAAUAUAUGCACAACGGCAACCUGGGAGAUGCCUUGCAUGGUAAUCAAGCAGGUAGAUUGCUGGUGGACUGGGUUUCUAGAUAUAAUGUAGCAGUUGGAGUUGCACAAGGACUCGCUUAUCUACACCAUGAUUGUCACCCUCUAGUCAUUCAUCGCGACAUCAAGUCGAAUAACAUUCUGCUUGAUGCAAACCUUGAGGCAAGAAUUGCCGAUUUUGGAUUGGCAAGAAUGAUGAUUCGGAAGAAUGCAACAGUUUCCAUGGUCGCCGGAUCGUACGGGUACAUUGCACCAGAAUGUGGAUACUCAUUGAAGGUGGACGAGAAGCUAGAUGUUUACAGCUAUGGUGUAGUUCUACUAGAACUUCUCACCGGAAAGCGACCGUUGGAUCCUGAGUUUGGAGAAUCUGUAGACAUAGUUGAAUGGAUUCGAAGAAAGAUUAGGGACAACAGACCUUUAGAAGAGGCACUAGACAACAGUGUAGGCAAUUGCAGGCAUGUCCAAGAAGAGAUGCUGUUAGUCCUUAGGAUAGCACUUCUUUGCACAGCUAAGCUCCCCAAGGACAGACCAUCCAUGAGAGAUGUGUUAACAAUGCUUGGAGAGGCUAAGCCUCGGAGAAAAAGUAGCAGCAACAUAGAGAAACCUGUCUUUACCACCUCACCUGUAAAUGGCCUUGUAUAGGGACAUAAAAGAUGAGGUCCCUCGGCCAUCAUUUUGUCUAAUUCUUCUUUUGUAUGUAGUCUCUGUUCAUGUUUCUAAUCAAUGGUUCUAAGCAUUGUCCAAAAAAUUAAUGGGUAUAUGAAAUUUGAUUCACCAAGCAUAAAAUGCUCAUUCUUCUGUUGUAAGUGAUGCAUUAGACAUAUCAAAAUCUGCAGACAUUAAUAUGAGAUGAUGUAGUAACAGAUAGAUUCAGCAAGUCCACAAUAAUAAUAAUGUGUGAAUUUACAUAUUAAUUCCAGGUGAUCAAGGACAAUUCGGCAUGUAUGGUUAAGCAAAGAUCAUUUUCAUAGGAGUCAACUGGCAAAUUAAGAACAAUUAAGAA